UCCGACACACACGCACACUGCGCUCUUCGGCUCCACCUCGCUCGGCGGGUGUGUGAGGAAGAUCCAGCCCGUUAUUUCAAGGUUAUCUCCUGCGGGGGCCUCACUUUUCGGACCCUAUGGGAUUUUUUAUAUUUGCAGUUGUUCUAUGGACUGCCGUCGGAGUGGGAUGCCGGCCUGCAUCCUUGCCCCUAAAUGAUGCCAAGGUUGAAUGUAUAAUUCAGGAGACACUGAAUGGUGCCAGGCCCCACCAUGACUGUGACCCACAGCUUACAGAAGAACUUGAUGAAGUGCAAAGACAUCAGGGUCUGCUCAGGGAGCUGCAGGAACUGGCUGAUAACGAGAGAGACAAGGAGAGGGAGUACGAGAGGGAGAGGGAGCGAUACGAGUUCAACCUGGCUGACGAUGAGAGCGACUUUGAGCAGAGGGACAUGGAGGAGAAGGAGGAGGGAGACGAGACUGACUCUGAGGCGCUGACAGAGGAGACAAAGGAGGACGGGACAAAGCUGAAGAGAGAGGGAGACGAAACGAAGGAAAAGCUGGAGGAGCCAAGAACUGAGGACAGAGGGACGGCAGAGGAGGAGGAGAGAGCCAAGGAGCUGGAGGAGCUGCUGGCUGAAGAGAUCACCAAGACAGGGAAGGAUGAGAAGAACGACGAGGAGCUCAAAGAGCUGCUGAAGGAGCUGAAGAAGAAACGCUACGAGGCAGCGAAGGAGAGGGAGCUCCAGAGAAGCUCAGAGGAGGAGGAAGAGGAGCAGGAGAAAAAGAAGAAGGAGGACAAAGAGAAGGAGAAGGCAAAGGAGGAAGACUUGGAGAAGAAGAGGAGCGAGGACCGGCGGAAGAACGAGGUGGAGCUGAUGGUGGAGAAGGAGAAGGUGGAGAGGGAGCUGAAGGCGCUGCUUCAAGAUCAGGACAGCAAGAGCAAGCUGGAGAAGGAGAGGGAGCGAAAGGAGAAGCAGGAGGAGCUGGACGAACUCUUGAGGAAGAUGAAACGGGUGCAGGAGGAGGAAGAGGAGGAAAAGGAGAAAGAGGAGGAAAAGGAGGAUGUCGGAGACAAGGUGGCAGCAGAGAAAGAGAGCUCAGAAAAGGAAGGAGAGCAAGAAAACAGGUCUGAGAAGAAAGCGGAGGAUGAAGUGGAGAAAAAGGAGGCGGCGGCCGUGGCAGCAACGGAGGUGAAGGAGCCACAGCAGAAGAGGGUGAUGGAGAAGGCGAGCGACGAAGCAACGAGGCAGUUUGAGAGGGAGAGGUACGAGGAAGAGGAGGAGGCCGACGGAGAUGAGGAUGACGAUGAGGACGAAUAUGUCAGAGAGGACGAGGAGGAGCGGGACGAUGGAGAUGAAGACGACCGUGACGAAGACGACGAAGGGGAGGAAUUACUGGAGAUUGAAGCAGAGCUGCGCAAAGUUGCUGCAGAGCUAAGGGAGCUUCGCAGAGGAUAAGACACACACACACACACACACACACACACAGCAGACUGACAGCCAAACCCCUUUGCCGCAUUCGCACACUCAGUUCACACAUUUUCAUUAACAGUCCUCAAAUCCCUACAGCACUCAGAGAAAUAAUCUUCCUCAGCUGUGAAAUCUGUACAUGUACUUUAGGAAAAGUGUACAUACCGUUGUUUCAUCUCUGCUCUCGGACCGCCGAAACGUUCCGUCCUCGUUUCCUUGACGCUGCCUCGGAAGUUGAGGUGGACGCACGGUAUCGAGGAGAGGAAAGCGUACGCGCUAGAGCAUCUGAAAGCACCCUUUGUGUCCAUGUCCUCUUGUGUCCCUGUCUCAGUACAUGUAAAUACUGUUUGUGAGGUAGAACUUCAGUCGGGUCACAUGUGAAACCAGUGUGGAUACAAAUCAUGAUUUUCAUCAUGAUUUUAGCCAAUCAGCCGAUACACUCUCACCUUUGAAAUCUGCAUCAGUGAACACCCACGAUCCUUGGGGUUGAUGCGAUGAUAACUGUCAGAGCCUGAGAGUUAUCAUCCUCGACGGUGUUCUUGAUGGGACAAAAGUACAUAAUCCACCUAUUUCAGUCUAUAUUUUGUGCAAUAAUUGAUAACUGUGUGUAAGCUGUUCCUGCUGUUCUGACUGUUAAUGUAAGCAAUGUAUUGCUGAUAUUUCUAAACUCAUUCUCUUCUUUGAUGAUAAAAUAGCAAGGAGGAUUACGUUUUAUUUGGCUCAUGCACUGUUAAAACCAGACUGUUUGCGAAGAACCAGGGUGACACACACACAAACAAAAA